AUGCCGUCCAGUCGUCAACCAUUGAAGUAUCUUAUUUAUUAUCCAUUUUCUGUGCUAUCAGUGGCUAAAGCGUAUAUUUUAAUUAUUAGCAGUUUAACGGUAUUUGUAUGGCAAUGGAAGCAUCAUCCAGACAAUAUUGGUAUCGUGCUCUUUGUUAUUCCCAUAUUUAAUCUAUUGGGUUGUGCAGCUGCAUCGAUCUCGCUUUGGUUUAUGGUACAGAAAUUUUAUUGGAAAAAAGUGGAAAUGGCCUUCAACCUUACUGGUCUUACGCUUACGUUCUUGUGUACAAUUGUACUAUUAGUAGCUCAUAUCGGUGAUGAUUCAAUUCGUAACUAUGUUUUGGUGAACCAUGUGUUUGAAACAAUCACCUGGUCGUUCUGCUUAUUCUGGUGCUCCGUAUUCACUUCGAAUAAUGUUUCAGAUCUUUUUAUUAAUGAAUGGGGUAUGGCCACUGAAGAUAUAGAGAUAGAAGCUCUUGAAGGACAUUUCUAA